GGGCGGGGCCUCGCGGGGAAGCGUGCAUCUCCAAAGGGGUGGGGUGUGUGGGGCGCGUGUUGAAAAGAGGAGUGCUGCCAAAGUUUGGGUCAGAUCGGCUCGUGGAGUAAGCAAGCGCGGUCAAGAAAGACUUGGACACCAAAAAGCCUCAGCGCUUCAGCUAUAGCCACACGGUCCCCACGCGAAGGACACGAGAGCAGUGCACUGUCAACCUCUGUCUAUAUUUUCUUCUCUUCUUCUCUGUCAGUGAGGUUGCGCUGUUGCAAAUCCCAUCUGUCUGUAGGCCUGUCUCCCCACCGACCAAGAUGGAGACUACCACCAUCACCACCACGCAACUGGCGCAGAACGCAUGCCCAUUUGUACUGACGGAGAGACGCACCACCAUCACCCUGCACGCUCCAGCCCAGGAGUGCGCUCUCCCCAAUGACACCACUGCAGCCGGCUACCAAAGCAAGACCACUGUGCUGAAAAGACAGCGCUCCAGCUCCCCGGAGCUCCUGCGCUGCAAGCGGCGGCUCAGCUUUAACGGACUCGGCUACUCCAUCCCACAGCAGCUCCCCGUUGCCGUGGCUCGGCGAAACGAGCGCGAGAGGAACCGAGUUAAGCAGGUCAAUAUGGGCUUUCAGACGCUGCGUCAGCACGUGCCCAACGGGGCAGCCAACAAGAAGAUGAGCAAAGUGGAGACGCUGCGGUCCGCCGUGGAGUAUAUUCGAGCUCUGCAGCAGCUACUAGACGAGCAUGAUGCUGUGUCAGCCGCCUUUCAGUGCGGGGUGCCUUCCCCUACCAUCUCCAACAGCUACUCGGCCGAGCCAGAGUCACCCCACUCCACCUGUUCCUCCGACGAGGGGAGCUAUGAGCCCCUGAGCUCUGAGGAGCAGGAGCUGCUGGACUUUACCACCUGGUUCGACAGAUACUGAGACACCGGUAGCCUAAUUGUCGUUACCAUCCCACAGCACCUGUGUAUAGGCAGGGCACCUGUGUAUAGGCAGGGGUUUCUUCUAACAGAAGUGACUCGGAAGUUGAAAAUAAUGUCAAGUUAUUCGAUUCACUCUGCAAGGCGAGGCACCCGUGAACACUCUCUUGGCACCGACUUGCUCUCUCUCUCCCCUCACCAGGCAGCGUUUGCAGGUGGAAAGCAAUAAGAAAGGGGAAAGUAAAGCAGAGUUACCGUUGCUAUGCUACAAGAGAGGAGGGAGUACGAACGGCCCUUUGGUUCCCCUCGGAACAACAGGGGAGAUACUGUGUGCGCUCACGCAUGGACAAAGCGUCGAAUGACUGCAGGGUGACGCUUGGAAUUAUUUAUUUAUUGAUGACUUUGAAUAAGUGCAUUAAUAAAUGACACAGCAGCGGCGCAGUCCGCACAGUAGCCCAGAAGAGGUACACGGUUGUGGCUCAAGGACUUUGCUGUUGACACCAGUUUCAGAUAAGGGCAAGACUCCUUCAACUGACUGCAUCUGAUGGGAAGAUUGUAUCGAAGAUGACCCGCCAUCUGAAAUGAACUUUGUUGGUGUACAUUGUCUGAAAUUGAAAUUCUUAUUUUUAAAUAUAAAUACUUAUUUUUGUUAAUUGAGAUCAAUGCAAAUGUUCUGCAACCACGAACACUGCCACUUUGCUGACAGUGAGAGCUCAUGAGAAGUGAUAAAUAUGACUGGACAACUGGACAAUUGAAUUGGCACAUAUGUCUGUGUCAUGCGAUUGGUCACAAUAUCUUUACGAUCCUCCCGUGAAAGAUUGAAGGGUUUUACGUGGUAUGGAGACCUUUAUCAAUGUAUGCACUUGCUCUCCGUUUUUCGUAGCCUCCUAAAGUGUACAUAUGCGAUUUUAACAGAUAUAUUUUGUGUAAACAGUUUUUUUUUAUGAAUAAAGAUAUCUCUAUUUAUAUGAAAUUA